AUGAAGGAGUGUCUAGAGUUAUUGAUGCGACAUCAGCGUCGAAGUGAAAACGAGUUUCAUGCGCGAUUGGCGUUUGAAGGCCAGUGUGUGAACAAAUUGUAUGGUGAAGAGCUUAGCUUAGUACUUCAAGUUUGUACACCGUGGGUCGCGGCAACCAUGAAGCCUGAAUAUGAGUUUGCUAUGUCGAGUCAAGCAGACACGGUGUAUCAAAUUGAGGUGGAUGCUAACGCAGCUGCGAAAGUUCGGAGUGACCGUGGAACUUACAUGUUCAACAAGGUUGAAUGGGUGUGCGACUGUGAUUUUGCAUCUACGCUAAAGCCCCCGUGUCGACAUGUUAUGUUUUUUUCCGGUCAAAGUCCUCGAUCCACCCUGUUAUUCCCGUAUCAAGUAUCGAUGCUAGAUGGCGCGUCAGAACACCGGCUGGUUCUAUGGGUCUCCCCAAUGUGGAUGGUUUGCACUACUCUAAGGCGUCUCUUCAUGCGAAGAAAUACGACACUCAACAUCAUAUUUUUCAACCUGGAUAAUAUCCUGGUUGCUAACCUGGAUAAUAUUUUGGUUGCCAACCUGGAUCAUAACCUGGACAACAUCCUGAUGUUCAACCUGGAUACUGGCCUGGAUAAUACCGUGGAGUAUGCGAUUGUCCGACGUCCGCCUCAUAUAGCGUGA